GCAACAAAACGACGUGUCGCGAAAAACUACGAUAUCGAUAAACAUUCGGCGCAUCACUGUUUUACGCGCGUUCCAUUUUUGAAUUUCAAACUUGCGGCAGACUUUUGGCGCGUUCGAUUUUCAAUUUCAAACUCGCGGCGCAGAACUGUCUUUGGCGCGUUCCGUUUUCAUAAAUCGAACCUGCGCGUUCCGUUUUCAAACUUUUAAAGAAACUUCGAAUUUAGAAGUGACGGGUGUCGAUGUGUGUGUAUUUAUGAACAAGAUGAUAAAUGUUUUUCAGAGGACACAGUAUUUUUUGUAUUUCGCUAUAAAGUAGUUGGUUUUUGAUACGAGUUCGUUCCGGUUUCUAGAAGUUUAUAUAGGUCUCGAAUCUCCAAGAUGUAUGCUCUCCUAAUAUUCGCACUGGUGGCUGGCUGCAGAGCCGCGAAUGUCAACAAACAUAUGCGAUUACUCACAGAGCUGGACAACAAGAUUGAUCCUAAUUUAUUACCCCUCCGGGCACCUCGAAGGUUCCUCGCCAUCACCAAAGCACCAGCAGCAGUCACAGGGCACCAGGCGGGCACCACCGUGUCUUUAAUAUGCGAAGCAUUUGGCGCUCCGGCACCCACGAUACGCUGGUUUAAGAAUAACCAACCAGUUUAUGAGUACGACCAAGAGUCCAACGAGAUCUUCGAUACGAAUCCCACAUCGCUGGCCAGGGUGUCUUCCACGCUACUGGUGGCCCGGACCGCGGGCCGCGAUGAGUACACCUGCGUCGCGGCGGCAGGGGCUAAGACGGAGAGGGUGCACAGCGUUGUUUAUAGCACAGAUGGCAGCACCGACUUAAUACCAGACCGGGCGCGGCUCAUCCCACUCGCGCCUCAAAUCCUCGUCUCAUACAAAGUGUUCAUGGACCUCAUCGGGAACAACGUGGUGCUGCCUUGCCACGCGAGGGGGCACCCGCGGCCGCAGGUCACGUGGGUCAAUAACCGGGGCGCGUCGGUGAAAACGGAUCCGAGGAUGAAGGUGCUUCGUUCAGGCGAGCUAGUGAUCUCGCCGCUCCUGUGGAGUGAUAUGGGCGAGUUCACUUGCCACGUCUCCAACGCGUUCGGCAGCCAGCUCGCUACUACCUUCGUGUACCCUGCUAGUGUCAGUAGGGUGAAUAAAGUGAAGCAGUAGACAAACGAACAAACGAAGCAUCGUAUACUUAACUUGAAUGUUCCUGUAGUUAGUACUUGUUUACUAGUACGCGAGCGAACUAAACGAACCUUCAGAAAUUUAUUUCUUUGAAUUCUACGCCUAUAAAGCCUAUACGUAUUCAUAAAGUGAAUUUUUGACACAAUAGUAACGGCUUUAGAUAAUCUAAGGGUACUCCAGUGAAAAAUGUUCACUUAAUUUAAAAAAAAAAUUAAGUAUGUCGUUUAUUUUUACAGUAAAACAAUCAAAAACGAGUUAAAAACAAUGUAACUCCGUAAUCCGUAACAAUUGUAUUUUGAUCGAUACCAAAUUUUAAACAUAUAAUAUAACAACAAUAAGGAUUAAGCGAAAAUGAUUAACUUUAUAUGUAAUGUUAUAAGAAAUAAAUGAGAAAAUAAUUAAGAAUAAGUACAACUGAAUAUCUAGCAUAAAUCUCGAGGUAUAGAGGGCGGCAUUUUCUCGUUGUAAGAAAGAAUCUACGAGUAUUUAUAUUUUGCUUAAAUAAUUUAUAAUUUAGCGUUUUCUCCAAUUUUUGGAAAAUCUAAUGGUGUUGUAUUAUUUAAUACCUGCUCUUUAAAAAAAACUGAUCGUUUUUAUUUUAUUUAAUACUUAAGUGUAUUUCAUAUUAUAAGUAUUUAUUAAAAAUACCAUCAAAAAGAUGUGAUUCUAUGUACAAAUCAAACUAAGUAAUUUUGUAUAGAUUAAACAUUUUAAUCCUUUUAGAUAAUGUAUUUUGUUCCAUUGAUUUUAUCCUGUUAAAAGAACAUCGGGACUAAGGACGGCUGGACCGUAAAAUAAUUUAUUUAUUCGCUCGCGUAUUUUUGAAAUCGAGUCUGCCUAUUUUUUAUUUGUUGUAUAAAAUAAUCCUUUUGUUAACUAUGCGGUUUACAUUUUAAAAUAAAAAAAAUCUUGUGACAUCUUAAUAAUGACUAAAUUAUUAUAGCUAUUGACAAAGAAAAUUUAAAUUAAUUGUUAUGUAAAACAAGAAGGUGCUUUUAUUUUUAAAAGAUAGAUUUGCACAAUUCUGCAUGUAUUUUAAACGUACAUACUAGCGUCAUCUGUUGUUGAGUAGCAGAAAACUAUGAAGCUUGUUUUGUCCUAUUCGAUGCUAGAUGGCAGUAGUUGAGAACACAUUUAAAAAUCAUUUUCAACUGUUUCUAAUGUAAAUGGCGUCGUUAACAAAAGUUGAUAAAUAAACCAUUAUUGUAUGAUAAUGUGUUACUGUAUUAUUUAAUUAUUGUGAUUAUAAACUAUUAUAAUAAAACUGUGAUGAAAAUAGAUGGAUAUAAAUAAAAUAACGAUCAAC